AUGAGUUUUGCUCUACCCUCCUCGAAAUUACCAUUGGUAUACAGACACCCAUAUCAAGGAUUUGUCAAUGUCCUACCCUACAUUGAUGGAGAGUUGGACACCAAAACUCAAAAUAUAGUAUUGAAUGCUCCCCUAAACUAGGUUGAUCGUAUGAUUCAAUAAGAAAUGUAAAACAUGGACCCCCAAGACUACUUGCAUGAAUUGCCCAUGCCUUAAACCAAGGUAACGGACUUGUUGAGAUCAGAGAUGGAAAGAGUGUAGCUCCAAUAACCGAUGGCUAAGGUGGAUUUUGAAUAGAAACCAAAUUUCAAUGAAGAGUUUUAAUCGACUCAUGAAAUCCAAGAGGCAAAUUAGUAAUUAAAUGUCCUUAAUCAAUACGCACAAAUUAACAUUAUAAAUUCUGAAUUGCUCAAUAAGUAUGGCAAAGAAUCGUGGGCUUUAUUGCUCAAAUCGUAAGAGAAUGAGAAGAGCAGGUUGUCUAAGGAGAUCGCCAAUCAAGAGCAAGAAUUGAAUCACAUCAAUGCUUAACGUAAAUACGAAUAGAAUGAAGUCAAAUAUAAGUUGGACAGCUUAAAAGCCAAGGUCUAGGAUGUCUUGACGAGCAAUGCUUAAUUGGAGGUUGUGUGCGGAGAAUUGGAACAGGAAAUAUAUGACAAGUAAAGAAAAUAAUUAAAAUUGAAUUGA